AUGACUACGAGAGGCCAAAAGACCACUGCAAGUAGUACUGACUACUCUAGCGAUCCAGAGCUAUUCUUUUCAUCGUUGCAUGGAAAGUCACAACAAACGCUAGAAACAGACCGAUCAACUCAACUAAAGAUUCAGGAGGAGUCAGCCACUUUGAUACAACAUGCUGUCAGAUUAGAACUAGAAUCAAUCACAUUAAAAGAAAGUAUAGAGGCGGCAACCGAAUAUUUGAAAGAGUCCCCUCAGGAAAAGAUUCAAGAAUUGUCUCGAUCAAUGAACGCAGUCAAGAGAGAUAUUGCCUUUGUAAAGACAAAGACUAAUAGCAAUCAUAAUCUAUUGCAACAAGGACUUGAAAAAGUAGCUGUUAACUCUGAAUUGACAGAAUUGCUUCAAAGAUCAACAACAAAUCAAGAGAAAUUGUGUCACAUUGUAGAUGGCAAGUUACAAUCGCUCGAGUUAUCCGUCGCGAGUGUAAUGUGUCAAACUGAAACAAUCCAGAAUCAACAGACACAACAAAAUGAAACUAUUAGUGAAAUAUCGAAAAGGUUUGACACUCUAGACAGAGACAUCAAAGACAUAAAACAAUUCCUCAGUCUUUUGAUGCCGCGAUUAAUGAUUUUGGAGAAAUUAUUUGUUCCGUCUCCGCAACAGGCUAUUACAUCAUCGGCUAAUAGCGCACCUCAACCAAAGCUGAAACGGCGAAAAUUAGAGUGA